CGGCCCAGCAUGGAGGGGACGCGGCGCGCCCUGCUCCACCUCGCCGCCGCCUGCUGCCUGCUCUGCGCCCUGCCAGCAGAGGGUCAGAAGACAGCAGAGGCCUUGGUGUCACCAUCACCUUUUCCUAGCACAGCUCUAACCUUGCAUCAGCCAAGGGAAGCCUCUGACUUCAGUCCAGUGAUCACUGCCAUUCCUCAGACAAGCCUGGAGAAAAACUUGACCGCUGCAACACUCAGCGCCACUGGUGCCCAUGCUACAGAGGUGGACGGUGCCUUCAUCCCCACCACCCUCAUGGCAGGCUCCAAGCCAGAGAGACUGCAGGCUUCUACCACUGCCCGUCCUGGGGACAUCACAGUUACACACCCUGAGCAUGACAACAUGAGCUUGUCAGUCAACAGCAGCACUGAAAUCCCCUCCCCUACCUUGACUGCCAGCACUCUGGAAAAAAACCAGACCAGCCAUGAAGCCACAGAGCCUUUCAGCACAACUGAAGAACCAGAUGAUGCCAGCAGUGCUACCCCCACGCCUCCUCUGAACACUGUGCCUGCAUCAACUAACAGCUCUCAGUCAGGGCUUUUUGACGGGCAAACCCUGGGGCCCACAGAAGCAAGGUCUGAAACCAAGCCAGCAACGAGCCCCGUGGGUGCCACAGAGGAGAGCACUGUGGGGCCCAGAACGUCCUCUGCUCCCUUCUCCAUUGUAGGGAGCAUGUCCAUUGCUACUGCCUCCAGGACUGUGCCAGUGACACCCCUCGUGACCAACUCCACCUCUGCCAGCACAGCUGCCAUCCCCACCAGCACACCUACGCUGGCACAGUCACUGGAGCACAGGCAUGAGAAGACUUCUGUGUUGGAUGUUGGUGAUGAUGACAACUCAGAGCUACCCAAUUUGGCUGGUAAAACGAGGGCUGAUCCCUUGGUAAUCACUGUGAUCUCUGUCUUCAUUGUCAUGGUGGGCAUCCUGGGCCUGGUGGGCUUCCUGCGAUACCGCCAGCACAACAACCGCAUGGAGUUCCGGCGCCUGCAGGACCUGCCCAUGGUCCCUCUCCUUCCAUCCAAGGUUUGAAUCAAGACAGCAAGUCUCAAGGCUGGGUACUAAAGAAGCUCUCUGCCUUCCCCUCACUCUGCAGGGGAAUGCUGAGAGGUUAGAGAGAGGAAGGAGAGCUCCAUCCAGGCUUGUCCUGAAAUGACACCUUCCUAACCUCUCCUCCUGUUUUCUGAUAUAUUUGCUUUGUAACUAUGACAAAGCAGAUUUUAUGCUCUGUUUCAGGGAGGUUGACUGUUUGUCUGUCUGUCUGUGUUUGAUCCUUUGGGAAUACAAAAAUCUAUGAGGCUGGACUAGCUCUGGGGAAGCUGCAAAUAACUCCCUGAACGUUUUGGGAUAGAGGAGUACCACAGCUAGCAAGCAAGCUGGUGCUGUUUCAAGCUGAGUGGAGUUUUCAACAGCCAGAGUUUUCCACAUCCCUGCAGCAGCCAGGCAGUUCCUGCACACACCUCUUCUCUCCAAAUGCUGCAGCAGGAGGGAGACUGACAAUUCUGAGAUCCAGGAACUGCACAGUGGCAGCAUUUAGGUGGAUGGCUGGGCAGAUGGCCACACCGUGGCUGAGAAGGUUGUGCUGCCUGCACAGCAGUCUCCCAGGCUGGGACCAUGAUGCCAUCGUGCAGACAUCUCAUUAAAGCACCCUCUUCUCUGCUUCUAGGAUGACAUGAUGGAGGACACCCCUCUCUCCCUCUACAGCUACUAGGCAACCAGGCUGUCCACUGCCCAGAGGAAAAGGCCUUGAGGACUUGGUCCCAGACGAUCUCCUGAGCAAUGAGGGGCUGUGAUUUGCACACAACUGAAAGAUCCUUUUCAGAUGGUUUUUGGUUUUAGACGUUUUAAAUAGUUCAGUGUUGAAGUUCUUAUGCUGCGAAUCAGAGCCCAAGUCUGACCCCUUUCUCCAGGCUUUCCUCGAAACAAUGCCUUGAAAAGGUGUCUCCUCCUUUUAGUGUGGCAACCAAUUAGCCAAGACAACCUUUGCCAUGAUGUUGUGCAUGGAUCUCUUCUGUUCCUCUUGGUGGCUGCUGCCUUCAGCACAGUACCAGCAAAGGAGACUGCUGUUUUCUGAGGAAGCCAAGGAUGUGGAAAUCAGUUCUCUUGGGCUCCCUCUUGAUCUGUAUUUUUAAGGUUAUUUGUUUUGGGGGUUUUCUUGCACUUUUUUUGUUCCUAUUUCAGCUUUAGUCCCAGGAUUUGCAUUACCUGUCCUGAAACACCUACCAGGAUAAAAGACUACUCUGCUUCCUUCCUAGACGUAUACCUUUUCUCUUUAACCAGGGAAAACAGUUUUGUGGCCACUGGAGAAGUGCCCCUGCUACUUGAUGUUGCUUUGAAGUUGCUGGGAGGAAAAUGAACAUAAUGUUAGCUUAACCGAGCUUGAUAGGACUCAGUUUAUUGCCAAUUAGACACGCUAAUUUGGUCUCUCCAAAAGUAGGAAAACAUGUCUCCUACACUUGAUGCUUUUGGCAUAUGUGUAAACUCCUUUUUCCAGGCUCAAUAAAUGCUUUAGUCCAUUUCCCUGCCUGGGCUAACACAAGCCUUUCCUCAGGUACCUCCCAUUUUGCUUCUAGCAUCUGGUUGCUGGAAGUUGUACAAAACUGGUACUUUGCUCUCCCUCCUGUGCUAUGCAAAGUCAAAGCUCCUCUACUUUCUGAUGUUGGUCUUUUGAGCCAGUUGGUGUCUUGUCAUGAGGACAGAUCCUGGAUGUAGGUGCCUUCCCUUUCUUGGUGUUAUGCUGAUUAGAUCCUGCACUUUUGCCUCAAAAUAUCACUGCUGUAGACUGCAUCCAAGGCUCUUGAGGUCUCUCAAGGAAACCCAUAGACCAGAACCUCUGAGUGUAAAUCAGAGGAUCUUUUGGUGCCCUUGCCUCAGAAAGACCAGAGUGUGUGUGACAUGAGAGUCUUCAUGUCAUUACAUUACACCUGCUCCUCUUUUCUAACUCACAUUUGACUGCAGGUAAAUGGAAACACAUGCCUUCUCUAGAGUGUUUGAUUUUUGACUAACCCAGUUGCUCCCUCAGGAUACAGCAAGGGCUAGAGUUUAUCUGCCACAUUGCUCUUACAAGCCUCAGUUUCUCCUCUCCUUUCAGUAUCAGCAUCACUGAACCCCACAAAGGACAGGUACCAGACCUCACUUGCAAAAGAACCCUUUUUUUCCCAGUGCUGUUACUGGUUGUUGUAGCAGGGAAGAGGGAAUUUCCCCAUCAGCUGAGCUCAAUUUACCUGGAAACCCCAGAGGUAGAGCAGAACCAGUUUGGGCCAAAUAGAUGAACUGGAUAUGGGAACAGUUCCUCUUCCCUGUGUUGCUGCUUCCAGAGUGGCUGGAAGCAGAAGUUCUGCUGUUGGCUUUGGCCUUCCAUCUGUGCAUUGAUGCCCAGUAAAAUAGGGAGGAGGGCUGGUUCUCUCCUGUGAUUGCAUGAGAACUAAAGAGCAAUUGUCACAACUCCAAAGCUUUUGUAUCAAGCCUUGUCUGCACAGAGCAAUCUCCCUAGCUACAGACUUGUUUCCCCUGCCGGAGGGCAGGGUGCUACUGGUUUUCGGCACAAAGUUGGCAAGUUAGUGGUGGAAAACAGAACUCCAUCCUGGCUGGAACUGGUGCAGGCUGGCAUAUCUGGGAAGUGUGUCUGCACACAAUCAAAAGGGCAGGGGCUGGUUGUUCUGGUUUCCCAUGCAUCACUGUCCAGGGGAAAGGGAUGAGGAGGAAAACUCGCCCAACACCAAAGUGCAACUUUGUUUGUAAAAUAUGUUGA